AUGAUGUCAAGAAAUAAUUCAGAAGCAUCUAUUUGUAAAAUGGCAGAGCCGAAUAAUUUUGAGAAAAACGAAAACAAGCUUAUAUUCCAUGAUUCUCUGAGAAGUCCUGGAGGAUAUCGUAAUCAUCCUAACUUCAGACUGAAAAGCCCAGAGAGUGGAAAUAAAAAGAACAAUUUUUUGCUUUGUGAGCAAACCAAACAAUAUUUGGCUUGUCAAGAAGAUAAUUCAGGAUCUUCAAACCCUAAUGGCAUUAAUGGAGAAGUGGUCACAUUGCCAACAGGAAAUUCAUUGUCACCAUUAAGUAUUGGAAAUAAUUCACCACCCAAAGAUGUAAAUGCUAAGCCUAGCAAUAAUGUGCAUCCUACAAAGUCAAGAACAGUGCACAAGUUGAUUGAGAAUUCUUUGUCCAUAAACAGUCCGUCGCUCUUCAACUCCUUAGGGCCUCCUCUUCGGUUCACUACCUGCCAUUGCUGUGGCCUGUUUGGAUCGUUGAGGUGUUCCCAGUGCAAGCAAACGUACUAUUGCUCCAUUGCCUGUCAGAGGAGAGACUGGUCAGCACACAGCAUUGUGUGCAAACCUGUGCAGCAAAACCAGGUGAUUGUGGCCUCCAUUCCAGCAACAGUGGCCACUGUAUCUUUGAAACAGGUGCUGAUAGUAAUUUACAUACAUGUUUUUUCAACCCAGGCUGACUGUUCACUUGGAGUUAGUAAAGAAACAACCCUCUGUGCUGAGAAAAUCAUGUUUUCUGAUUUGAGAAGUCUACAGCUCAGGAAAACUACGGAAAUAAAGGGUGCUGUUACAGAAUUCAAACACCCGGGUGACUUUCAUGUGCAGUUAUGUUCUUCAGAAGUCGUAGAAUACAUGAACCAACUUUCUGUGAGCUUAAAAGAAACAUAUGCAAAGCUGCUUGAAGAAGACUAUAUUCCUGUGAAGGGGGAAGUAUGUGUCGCCAAGUACACUGUUGAUCAGACCUGGAACCGAGUCGUGAUACAGGGUGUUGAUGUGCAGCAGAAGAUGGCACAUGUCUCCUAUAUUGACUAUGGAAACGAAGAGACAAUUCCAGUAAACAGAAUCCACCAGCUCAGCAGAACCAUUGACUUGUUUCCUCCUUGCGUGAGAAAAUCCUUAGACCAAGUACUCAUAGAAAUGGGAUAUGGCUUGCAACCCAAGAAACAAGGUGCAGAUCAAAUUGGUUCCGAAGAUGCUGGAAAAAUGACAGCUGAAGACAAAAUUGUUGUAGACAGAAAUGACCUAAUCCCAAAAGUGUUAACUUUGAACGUAGGGGAUGAGUUCUGUGGUGUGGUUGCCCACAUUCAAACUCCAGAAGACUUCUUUUGUCAACAGCUACAAAGUGGCCAUAAGCUUGCUGAACUUCAGGCAUCCCUUGGUGACUACUGUGGUCGGGUGUCUCCAUGCUUCGAUUUUUUCCCAACCAUUGGUGAUAUCUGUUGUGCUCAGUUCUCAGAGGAUGACCAGUGGUACCGUGCCUCCGUUUUGGCAUAUGCUUCUGAAGACUCUGUGUUGGUUGGAUAUGUAGAUUAUGGAAACUUUGAAAUCCUUAGUUUGACAAGGCUUUGUCCCAUAAUCCCAAAAUUGUUGGACCUCCCAAUGCAAGCUAUAAAGUGUGUGCUGACAGGUAUGAGAUUUUUAUGGUCCCCUUUUCCUUUGGGUGUAGAAGCAAAAGCAGAUCUACUGGAGUGGGCGUGGGUUGAACUUGCUGUUGACCAAACCGUAGAUGUUGUGGUCUCUAUGAUAUAUACUCCUGGAGAGUUUUAUUGCCAUGUACUUAAGGAGGAUGCUAUAAAUAAACUCAAUGAUUUGAACAAAUCGCUAGCAGAAUAUUGCCAGCAGAAGUUGCCUAAUGGUUUUAAGGCAGAACUAGGGCAACCUUGUUGUGCUUUUUUUGCAGGUGAUGGCAGUUGGUAUCGUGCUCUGGUCAAGGAAAUCUUGCCAAACAAGAACAUCAGGGUGCAUUUUGUGGAUUAUGGAAACAUCGAAGAAGUUACUGCAGAUGAACUUCAGACGAUCUCGUCGAAAUUUUUAAAACUUCCUUUUCAGGGGAUCCAGUGUUGGCUAGCAGAUACACAGCCGAGAAACAAACACUGGACUAAAGAAGCCACGGCCAGAUUCCAGAUGUGUGUCACAGGAACAAAACUCCAGGCCAGAGUGGUUGAAAUCACUGAAGAGGGGGUGGGGAUUGAACUCACCGAUCUCUCCACUUCUUACCCCAGAAUAAUUAGUGAUGUUCUGAUUGGUGAAGCUCUCGUCUCAGCAGGUGCUUCACCCGCUAAAGACGUGCCAAGCAGCAGGCCUGUUAAUAAAUGUGGUCCUCACAUCGAUGUCCAGGGGCCUCAGGCCAUCUCUUCAGCUGAGCAGUGGAGGACAGUAGAAUUGCCAGUUAAUAAAACCGUACGAGCCAACAUCUUAGAGAUCACAAACACAAACUUGUUUUACGCUUUACCAAAUGAGAUGCCAGAAGAUCAGGAAAAGCUCUCUGUGUUGACAGCCGAAUUGUUAGAAUAUUGCAAUGCUCGGAGAAGCCCACUGUCCUACAGUCCAAGGAUCGGAGAGGCAUGCUGUGCCAGAUACUCAAGUGACGACCUCUGGUACCGUGCCAUCGUUCUGGGGACGUCAGAUGCUCACGUGACAGUGCUCUAUGCCGAUUAUGGAAACAUUGAAACGCUGCCACUUUCCCGAGUGCAGCCAAUCGCCACCAGCCUCCUGGAGCUUCCUUUCCAGAUUGUUAGAUGUUCACUCGAAGGACUAAUGGAGUUGAAUGGCAGCUGUUCUCACUUAAUAAUAGAGCUGUUAAAGAAUUUCCUGUUGAAUCAGAAUGUCAUGAUUUCUGUGAAAGGAAUUAAUAAGAAUGUCCACACAGUGGCCAUUGAGAAAUGUGUAGAGAACGGCCCUGUUCAUGUGGGCAGUAAGCUGAUGUGUGGUCUGGUGAAAAACAACCAGUUCAAGAAGCAGAGUGCUUUUAAUAAAGAAAGGACAUGCAGGACGUAUUGCUGCUGCACAGAGUUACAGAAACAAGUGGAAAAACAUGAGCAGAUUCUUCGCUUUCUCUUAAACAGUCCAACCAAUCAAAAUAAAUUAAUUGAAAUGAAAAAACUGUUAAGUUAA